UUCAGUGUUUGUUUUUGUGUUUUUAUAGGAAAAUGUGAUUUUUGCCGGAAAAGUAAGUGCUGAAAAGUUUUAAAAAUGAUUAAUUAUAAAUUAAGAUAAUCAUAAUCAUUUAAUUCAAUAUUUCACAAAGGGAAUCAUUUGCUGAUUUUCUUAUCUUUUUGCAAAGAAUGUCAAAAAAUCAUGUGUUGUGUUGCUGGUAAACACCAGAUUGCACUGAAGAAUCUCCAAAAUAAUGAAGAAAUUCCUCAUUCUGUGUUAUUUAUUCAUGGGGAAAUUAGUGAAAAGUGCCAAAGGAAUACCCUUUUAAUCACUCUCAACAGUGAGUAUCGUGAUAAUUGUGCAGUGUCACGAAUUAAUGGGGAAUUCAAAAGUCUUCUGCAGCUCAAUGUUGGCCUCAAUAAGUUAACACUGAACUACUGCAAUGCCGUGUUCUCAAUUAAUAUUAAUCAUAAAGUUAGUAAGAAUACGCGAUCUGUGACGCCGCUCUAUAUAGUGGUCAGGAAUCACGAUGGGUGCUUCCAGGCAAGAGAAGGAAAUUCACCUGUGAAUGCAUGCGCGCGUAUUUCCGUUGGCCUUCGCAUGGCCCAGAUGGUCUUUGCGGAGAAACUCCGGGCUCACGGGGGCACAGGCAGGAAGACUUUUCAUCUCAGUGGGGACUGUGAGGUGUUCAACAGCAAUUUGACCAUCAAGGAGGCAUUUACAAUGACUGAGAGUCAAUUAUGGUCUUUCUUCGCUCGAGAGCUUAUCGACCGGAUGCCGGACUGUCAGAACCGCAAAUUUGUGGCUUUUAUCGGAUGCACUCGCUACUGUGGCACGAAAGAUCCAGCCUACACGUAUGAGAGCAUUCAGGCAGCCACAGUUGCAAAUGCUGCCCUUGGAAGUGGUGGCUUAGCGCUCCUUGGCACAGGUUGCCUCUUUUCCUGGCCCGAACGUAUUUGUGAUGUACGUCGGUGCCUCGAGGAUGAGACUAAGGUACCACUGGAUGAAUUAAUGGACAACAGUGCGUACCGCAGGACGUAUGGGGGGUGCUUUGCAACAACCAUCGGGGUACUUUUGCACGAAAUGGGUCACAUUUUUGAUCUCGCUCACUGUAGCGAGGGUAUCAUGGGUAGCAAUUGUGAUAGAGUGGAUCAGAUGCUAACACUGAAGGACUUUCAUGGGCAAUAUGGAAAUGUCCCCAAACGCCAUGUGCCCACGGGACGAGGGACAAGGUGUACGAUUGUUAGACAUCCCGGGGGUAUGGCUGCAGCUUUCAGCGCAAUGUCCCAUUCGAAUGGUGUUUACUUCACGGAAAAUUGCCUGACUCUCCUCGACACUCACAAAUGGUUCAAUGAAUCCCGAGAACCACAAUUAGACGCAGGAUUAGCUUUUAAUGCCGAUACAAGGGAAAUUUGUGGCAAAUAUCCCCUUCGACUGGUGGAAAUGCGAAGUGCUUCGGGUCUCGUUGAACGCUACUGGAUUAUUUCCACAUCGGAAAGCACAAAUAAUAUUUAUUUCUCUAUUCCGUCGCAUAUUCAACUGAUGAAGUGCACGAUAUUCUGCAUUGAUGCCUUUGGCAACAUUUUAACCGAAACAUUUAACUAAUUGCACUGACAUAUAACAAAGAUAUUAUUUUAUUACUGAAAGAAGAUUAAAAUAAAUACAAAAUAUUACAAUAAAUUUAUAUUGAUCCUUGGUGUUAUAAUUUUAUCCUACAUUACUGAGCAGAUUAUCUGUUAAUUGUUUCUUUAGGGCCUCCGGGGUUCUAGGGGUUGAAUAAAAGGGCUAUAGGGACGAUCAACUAGUUGAAAAUAUCUGGAGCUAAAUUUGCCCCUUAGUUUAUUGAGCUAAGUCACCCCAUAUUGCAAGAUAAUGGAAAAUCAUAUAAUACCGGAUAAAACAUUUCAAAUGAAAAUUCUUAAAUAUUCCGAAAUAAUUAGAGAAUUCGCUAAAGUCAACAACAUAUAAGACUGUUUGAUAGAUUACAAGAUAAAAUCUAAUAAAUUCUUUAUCAAAACCA